GCCGUCUAUUAAUAAUAACAGAGUCGAAACAGCCACAGCGAGGAGGAGAAGAAGAAGGGGAAAAGCCACAUCACCAUUUCUCCUUUUUUCACUCAGCAGGGAUGAACCGAAUAAUGUGACUUAACGCCGCUUCAACUUUCGACAAAAACGCUUUUUAUCCUCCUUUUUAUUCGUCUUUUUUACAGGUGCCAUUGUCUCGUUCACCUUUCACACUGCUGGCACACAGUCACUGGCUCUGCCCGGGGCACUUUAUUGCGGUCAUCUAUCUGCACGGGCGGCUGCAGCUUGUUGGUAAACACGAAUCGGAUCCCGCCGGCAAGGACUCCCUCUGGUGCAUUGAUGCACCCGUUUCAGUGGUGUAACGGGUGCUUCUGUGGUCUGGGACUGGUUUACUCAAACAAGUCGUGCACCAUGCCGCCCAUCACCUUCCACGACCUGCCUCUCAACAUUUACAUGGUCAUCUUUGGGACAGGCAUCUUUGUCUUCAUCCUGAGCCUCAUCUUCUGCUGUUACUUCAUUAGCAAACUACGACACCAAGCCCAGAGUGAGCGGUUUGGAUACAGAGAGGUGGUUUUAAAAGGAGAUCCCAAGAAGUUAAGUCUUCAUGGGCAGACGUGUGCCGUGUGUCUGGAGGACUUCAAAGUGAAAGACGAGCUGGGAGUGUUGCCAUGCCAACAUGCUUUCCACAGGAAGUGUCUGGUAAAGUGGCUGGAGGUGCGCUGCGUCUGUCCCAUGUGCAACAAACCCAUUGCUGGCCCCCCUGAGCAGCACCACAGCAUAGGGACUCUACUGGAUGAACUGGUGUAACCUCUCGACCCCCCACCAGCCUGGGUGGGACGCCGGCACCCGGGCCAGAUAUAAGUUAGCGACCAACAGGAGGGGGACACAGUUUUUUGCUGUUUAAAAACAUAGCAGAAACACCAACAUGAUGAUAGAAAGUUGGGGUAACCUAGUUACCACCCGGAGAAAGACUCUGAAGGAUGCUGUUGCCUAGCAACCUUCUCCAAGAUGGCAACACGACACCUUGUGGUGUCUGAGAGAUUAUCUCCAGCCGCCCACACAUCACUCCACCACUCUUCUUUCAACAUCCCCCUCUCCACCCGCUCUGACACAUCUUCUCUUGUUGCCUCGUGUCAGGUUAAUGGCACCACUGAAGAAGAGUUUCAUUUUUCACAGUGAUGUGGACAAGUGUGCGUUGAAGGGAUGACAGCUCUGGGUAGGAGGCACUGAUCCCCUCUGAGCAUGUGUGAGUGUUGUAUGUCACGGUGGUCACAGAUAUGAAAUAAUAUCAAUAUGGGCUGAGGUUAUUAAAGCUGUUGCUAAAUUCUUUCAGAAGAGACUCGAAACGACAAAGGAAAUUAUGUUUCAACAUUCCUUAGCAUAAGAACAUGUUCAUAGAAGUUACACUGCUAGAGUUUAUAAAAAACGGACAGGACAAGGGUUUAACAAGAAUAUCUGGAACCGUCGAGAAGUCCAGAAAAGAAAAAAUAAUACUGACGUUAAGACGUAGACAGGGCUGAUUAAAACUUCUUUCAAGGAAAUGAAAACUUUUAAAAAAAGAAUUGUGCCUAAGAUUAUAAAUUAAAGCUAAAAAAAUGAUAGAAAAUGCGGAUCCGGACGUCAUCAGUAGGACUUAAAUUAUUCAUAUUAUUUAGAAGAAGCAACUCAAGCUGAAGUCCACAUGUAGCAAAUUAAUCAGUAUUUCCAUCAAGUCAAACCACUUGAUUUUUUGCAGAUAUGUGACACCGAUACUGAUGUGUAAAAUCCAUAAAGGUGCCCACUUCUACAGUGAUAUCAUGUAUGUUCUACGUGUUGUUUUUUAAUAGUUGAGACAUGUUUUUGUUGUGUUAAUAUAGAUGGAAGGAACUGAGACUCCCUGCCUUUCACUGUAACAGUUUGGUUGAAAUAUGUUGAUUUUUUUUUCUUUUAGAUAUUGCACUUUAAAUUCACAAAAAAGAAACAGCCUUUGUUCUUCUAAAAUGUUUGGAUGCAUCACAGCGGGUCCCUUGUUUUCAGGUGUGGUGAAUCUUUUAUAAAAGUCUGUGAAAUGUCUAAAAACUGCUUCAUGUGAAGAGAAGGGAAGCAGCAGUGCAGAUUCUCGGUGUUGUUCUGUGAAUUCAUCUGGGAAGCAACUAAGUCUCACUUUGAUACAUUUUUCUGUGGCAUUAUUGCUGGUGAUUCUGUUUUUACAUUCCUCCGUCGUAGUUUUGUUUGUGAUUUACAGAUUCAGAAAGCGAAACACUGCCUAAAAUUGAGCACAAAACUCACAAAGCACAUUGUCCAGAUACAGAAGGCACCUACACUGUAAUUAAAAGCUAAACACACACACGUGAGGCUGUUCAAGUCACAUGAGUCCGUGUGCCAAGAAAUAAAGAAAAGAAAAUGUCUAAGAGAUUUGUUCACUCUAAUUCUGGCCACAUUCCACAUUUUGUAAUCCAAACAGAUGUAAAUAACUUGAACCAAUAAUAAAUACAGUUGUCUGUUUUGUUCA